AAAUGAAUUGUUUAUCACACUAGAAUCCAUCAACAACAACAAAAUGGCAGACUUGUGGGAAGAAUUGCAAAGUGUUGCGAAUUCUGCUCCCUCUUCAUUUACAGCAGCGCCAGGGGAAAGGGGUACCAUUAAAGCCAAAGCUAGCUUCAACGUCAGUGAAGAUGUUGCAGCUCUCCGCAAAGCAAUUGAAGGCAUAGGUACAACUGAGAAGACGUUGAUUGAGAUACUGACCCACAGGAGCAGCAGUCAAAAGCAGGCUAUUUCAAAGGCAUACCAAGAAACCACAAAGAGGAUUCUUGUAAAUGACUUGAAAAGUGACACCCAGGGCAACUUUGAAAGGGUGCUUGUUGCGCUCGCAAGACCUCCUGCAGUCAAUGAUGCUAAAUGGCUAAUCAAAGCAAUGAAAGGGGCUGGAACGGACAACAGUAUCCUGAUAGAAAUACUUUCCUCACGGACAAAUAAACAAAUCAAGGAGCUGUCUGCAGCAUAUUCUGAGGAAACAAAGAAAACACUGAUACAGAACCUUAAGGGUGAAGUUUCAGGACAUUUUGGAAAAGCCAUCCUUUUGCUUGCUGAGGGUGCGAGGGACGAGAGCACCAAUGUGAAUGCAGAUCAGGCUAAAGUGGACGCAAAGGCCCUCUAUCAGGCGGGCGAGAAGAGACUGGGAACUGAUGAGUCCAAGUUCAUUGAGAUCCUCUGUAAAAAGAGCAUCCCUCACCUGAGACAAACAAUAUUGGAAUAUAAAAACAUCAGUGGCAAGACUUUGCAGAAGAGCAUCGAGAAGGAAAUGUCAGGAAACCUGGAGGAGCUGCUUGUUGCCAUUGUAAAGUGUGUGAUGAGUACUCCUGCAUAUUUUGCUGAAAAACUCUACAAAAGCAUGAAGGGAGCAGGUACAGAUGAAAUCACUUUGACUAGAGUAAUGGUCAGCCGUGGAGAGGUCGACAUGCUGGACAUCAGAGCGGAAUUCAAGAAGCUCUAUCAGAAUUCACUCAACAAGGAAAUAAAUUCUGAUGUGUCUGGCAGCUACGGUGAAUGCCUGAAGAUGAUUUGUGGAGGAGAAGACUAACCCAGAAAUACCACUGAAGAUGGCCUGUUUAGUUCUCUCACAAUAAGUCGAUACAUUGUAUCCUGUGUGGCAAGCCCUUCGGAUGUUAAACUUUAAAUCUUUAAUAAAAUAGUUUUAUUUAAUAACA